UAAUGCUUCCACGCUGUGAGAUGUUUAAAGAAAUUAUUUUUACUCCUCGGAUUAUUUGUUUUAAUGAGAGUUUCGUUACCCUCGGCAAGCAAUCUGUAAAAAACAAACCAGUAGCUAUUAUUUGGCAUGAAGGAAUGGCCGGAAGGAGUAAAUCUGAUAUUAUCUCAACAUUAUACAAAUUUCGCUUGUUUGACCGUGAUGCAAAAGAAAUAACACUUUGGCUAGAUAAUUGCGCCGCCCAAAAUAAGAAUUGGGCUUUGUAUUGUUUUUUUAUUUAUUUAAUUAAUUCAGCAGAGGUUAAUCUAAAUUUACUAAAAAUAAAAUAUUUGCAAACUGGCCACACUUUUAUGUCUGCUGACUCUUUCCACCAUCAGGUGGAAAAGUCCUUAAAACAAACAGGCAAAGUUUUGGAUUUUGAUGAUUUUAAAAAAUCAAACAGUUCAAGGGUUGAGGUAUUCGAAAUGAAUUUAAAUGAUUUUUAUGAUUUUGCUGAUUUUUCGUCUAGAUUUAAGAUGAAUAAAAUUAUACCAAAACCUUAUCUAGCCAAUUUCGUUGAGGUUCAAUUUAAAAUGGAAUCUAAAAACCUCUUUUACAAAACAAAAUUUAGUGGUGAAUUAAUAGAACUAAUUUUUUUAUUAGCAAAACAAUUUAAAAGUGACCUACCAAAACCCACCAUAAGAUUGGCCCCCAAAGGUAUUAAAAAAGAGAGGAAAGCUAAAUUACUACAAAAGUUGCAAGAAAUGGCACAAUUUGGCAGAAUCAAGAGAAGCAGAAAAUUAUGAUAGUGAGUAGCUUAUCUUAUUAAUGUACUUGUUAUACUCAUUUUCAUUAAUAUAUCUUAU